AUGACUCUCCUUGCAGCCAUCACCAACCCCGCCGCCGGCUCCCUCCCCGGCUCCAGCGAGAAGGCUCACCCUAUCGUGCUCACCCCGGGUGCCGCGCCGCCGCCGCCGACAUCCUCCGCGCUCCCCACCCCAAUCCCGCCCUCCGCCUGGUCGCUCUCCCCCGCCGACCCCACCCUCGCCACCGCCGCCUCCUACCUCGCAGCCUCCCUCGACUCCUGCUCCUCCCUCCCGCGCCUCCGCCUCCUUCUCACCAACUUCAUCUCCACUCUGUCCCAAUCCCUCGCACUCCCAACCCCGCCGGCGGCCCUUCCCGCCGCCAUCCGCGCCGUCGCCCCUUACUUCUCCGCCGCAAUCGCUUCCCUUGUGGCCUCCAAGGCGGCAAGCCUCGCCGGGCACGACAUCCUCCUUGCUCUCGCGGAAUCCCGCCUCCUCCCACACCCGCCACCGGAACUCAUCUCCUCGCUCUGCGACAACGACCGGGUCGAUCUUGUCUGCGCCUUGCUCCGCCAGGCCGCCGACAUCCGCUCCUCCGAGAUCCUCGCCGUGCUCCGCUGCUUCCUCACGCCGGCCUCCGAGAAGGCCUACGACGCCAUGAUGGACGUCAAGGGCCGGUGGAAGGACGCCGCUGUGCUCGCUGUCAACAGGUGUCGGGAGAAGAGCGCCGGGAAGAAGGAGAAAGUCGACGCUGCGGCGAGGCGGGCGGCGCUGCUGCUCAUGAUGGGGCACGACGGGUUCACCUCCCCGGAGGUGUGCCUGCAUUACCUAUUUGCAUCAGGGAAUGUGGAUUCCGUGGUGCUUGGAGCGGCUGUGGCUGAACUCGAUGGCGGGGAGGUAGUCAGGCUGAUGAGAUAUCUCAACAAGUGGAUUGGGAAGUACCGGAGGUUCUCAGAAGCGCACACCUGCCCGGAGGCUGCGGAAAACCUCGGAUUGGAGCAGUGUGACAGCGUGCCAUCGUUUGGAGCAGUGGCUAGGGCGCUGGGAGUGCUGCUGGAUAAUCAUUUCUCCCACCUUGUGUUGAAUGCUGAUGUGAGGGAGGACUUGAGGGCUGCGGAGUUGAUGGUGAGGGAGCUCGCUGCCGAAGCGGAGUCUUCUGGGCCAAUCCUGGACUUGCUGCGUAGGUUGCAGCUGGAGAAGUGA